CUGAGACGCAAAAAUAUGUUUCAAGUAGCCAGGGCAUUGGCAAAGGUGCAGAGUCCCACCUUAAUGCCGCAUUGGAUGCCCAGUCUUCUUCGCCUACCUCUACUCUGCGAAAAACCGCAGAACGACUUUACGACCGAUGUAUGAAGGGUGCGGUGAAUGGUACAGCAGUCCUGCGUCACUCCGAACCGAAGAUAAAAGCAACAAACGCACUAGAACAAACGUAUGACGUGGAAAAGCUGAAAAGUUGCACUCAUCUGGAAACGCGGUCCUUACUAGAUUUAUACGACGAAUCGGGGUCGUUCAGGGAGUUGUACCAACGACCGACGACGGCGGGGAACGCAGCACGGUAUCCUGAACAAAUCAAAGAGCUAGUAGUUGAUGUGCGUGGAGGUCGUACAGAUGGAGUUCUUGGAGAAACAGAUGCAGAUACGGGAGGCGUGAUAAGAAAAAAAGUGAAGCAGCGAGGCAGUGAGACAGUGAAUAUUAUGUGGGGUGGUUGAGGUUCAUCUUGGAGUAAAGCACCUACUGGUACUAGGCGUGGUGCCCAAACCACGCAUAUCUAUGACUUUAUCUUCAAAGUGGGAUCGAUAAGCACAUUGAAAAGUUCUCAGACAUGCGAAAUAGAUAGCAGGUCAAGUAGAAGUAGAAACACAAUCUCGAAGAGGAAGAAGCCGUCUUCUCUAAGAAGCUGCUCGACUGGAACCCAGGUGGAGUCUUUCCUGUCUCAACUAGUGGCCGUUUCUGGUGGUGGCAUACGCUGGAAGAUGUAGUCGAAGACCAUGAGCCGGGUGUCACCUGCCGUCAACGCGCUACUGAAUUUGGUGUAGAAAAUCUUCCACGUGGCCUGAGAAGUCGGAUUGAUGAUGUUGUUGAAGAAGGUGCUGAACGUGAAGGUAACAUCGUGAAAAAUCCGGCAGAACCACAGCUGGGUGUCGAAAGGGAAA